AUGGGGGUAAAUAAACCAGAAACAAUCAUCCCAGUCAACCACCGAUCAGGCGUGCAAGCUGUUAAGACCAUUCCUUCAAGGACUGAUGUCAUCUUCUCGGAAGAAUUUUCAAGGGAGAAGAGGUCAUCCUUCUCAGCAACCUCUACCAGUGGUGGUGGCGGUUACGAUGUCUCGGAUGUCAACUCGUCGAUGCCUUCGACGCCAUGUUCCCUCAGUGGUACACCCCAUCAGCCGCUAUCUCCGCAACCGUCUUCACAAUCACAGCAACAGCAGCCUACAGAGUCUUCUACCAGCCGUGGCGCCCUUUUCGAACAGGAUUCCGAAGUUGUUGAAUCAUCUCUUUCACCCGCACCAUCCACGCCGCAGUCUGCCUCCCCUAUCAGUGACUAUGCUUCACAGCGGCCGUCGGGCCGGGCAACUGGCCGAAACUCAAGACUGUCCGCGACUGCGUCUACGCCAGUGUUGUCCACUAGUGGCAGAAGACAGUCUCGUCCUCCGGAUCGACUGGAGAGUUCACGGCCAGUGAACAGAGCGGAUACGCCCAGGAUGGUCGGGCGGAAAUCUGCGACUAGGAAGCCACUAGAUAUCACACCGAAGAAAUUACUGCGCAACUCGAAGGACAGUAAAAGCAGCGGACGUCGCAAAUUACGCCUACGUUCCGUCUCAAAGUCCAGUCGCUGCCAUUCGCCGCCACCCUCUUCGCCACAGCGGUCCUCCACAGCGCCAUCACCGGCCCCAAAGACCUCGCCCUUCCGUAUCUACGCGGAGGACGCCUGGUCCUUUAGUGACUCCAUGACCGACCUUACUCCGCCUGACCAGAUCCUUGCUCAGGUCCGAGAGGCAGCCCGAAAGGCGCAUGAAGCGGUCAUUGCAAGGUACUGUCUUGCUGCAAAAUCAUCUGUAAAACCGGAGGAUGCGGAAUCGCCGGUUGGCCAUCAUACAUCACUUCAAAGGAUUGUUUAUCUUGAUAUAUCCCAGCCGGGUCGAAUAAGCGCCGUACCCUGUCCACUGGCCGAAACUCGGGACCCAGAACAAAUUCAACCCAGUCUCGAGGCAGAGGCCUGUGAAGUAAAGCCCCUCCCCGUCACCUACCCUCCAGCUCUGGUGCAGCUCCUGACAGGUCGUGGUCAGACAUCGGCCUCUGAGGCAAGCGAUGAAACUCCCUCCGCAAGACCUCCCCUGACAAAGUCCACCUACCAUGGUCUGAUUGAGCAGAUGACCUCUCAGGAGGUUAACACUUUACACGCACUCUCAAAACUGCGCUAUACGGAAGACGAACCUAUAGCCGCAAACAUUCACGGUCCUCUGGCCAUUUUU